AUGAAGAAGAUUUUCAACUCAUUCUUCUCUGGAAGAGAGGAUGAGGACCUGCUGCAUUACAGACUGAGAAUGGGAGACCUUGGAAAAAUCCACAAGGCUGUAGUGAAUGGCGAGUUAGAUAAACUCAGGAAGAAGAUCAAUUUCAGGAGGUGGAACGUGAAUGAGAAAGAUCAGAUGGGCAGGACUCCCCUGCACCUGGCCUGUGUCCUUGGCAGUAUAAAUACGGUACAAUUACUAGUGGAAAAUAAAUGCCUGCUUAAUCCUCGUGACCAGUUCAAGAGGACACCCCUGUUCAAGGCAGUUCAAUGCAAGUACGUAGUUUGUUCACAAUUUCUGCUUGAACAUGGUGCUGAUCCCAAUCUCGUGGACAUCCAUGGUUUCUCUGUCCUCCACUAUGCUGUCCACGAUAAUAGUCCGUUUUUAGCAGAACUCCUGAUUAAUUCCAGUGCGAACAUCGAGGCCAAAGACAAGUCUGGCCGAACACCUCUUAUACUUGCUGCAAAAGGAAACAAACCAGCAAUGGUAGAAUUGUUACUCAAGAAUAAGGCCAAUGUAAAUGCAGUGGAUAAUGAUGAAAGUUUCAUUGGCAAUGAGGGAGACAAUGAGAACAUGGAGACUUGCACAGUCACAGUAUUGAAAAUGAGAAGUGCCCUCAUGUUUGCAGUACAUCAUGAUUCACCAGAUAUGGUUCAGCUUCUCCUCGAUCAUGGCGGCGAUGUCUCUUGCACUGAUUGUUUUGGCCAGAGCGUAUCAACACAUGCUCGCUUAUAUGGUUUUCCUAGAGCUCAACGCCUUGUUUAUGCAUAUAGAAAAGAAAGGAAUAAGAAUAUUUCUCAAACUAAAGAUUCAGGCUAUGCAUUAUUGUUUCUGUGA